AAUGAAUAAAGAUUAAAAACCUUAAAAGCCAUUACCUAAAUCAGAGAUGGAGGUUUUAAGAUAAUUCCACCAAUUUGUUAGAGAUGAUGAUGAAGAUAUUGAUCCAAAGUUAAGUACAAACGAUGACUACGGUAGAAUGAUUGCAAGAAAAUAUUAUGAUAAACUUUAUAAGGAAUAUGCUAUCAUAGAUUUAUCGCAAUAUAAAACUGGAAAGUAUGUAUCAAUAUUAUUCUUAGGAUUGGGAUGAGAUGGAGAACUGAACCAGAAGUACUAAGUGGCAAGGGAGAAACUAUUUGUGGGAAUAAAGUAUGCACUAAAGACAAAGAAUUAAGUACAUGGGAAUUGAAUUUUAAAUAUAAAGAAAAUUCAGAAGUAAAGAAUACAUUAGUGAAAGUGAAGUGUUGUAAUAAUUGCAGUGAAUAAUUGAAUUACAAAGUAUUAAAUUAUUUGUGCGCUUUUCAAAUAGAAACUUCACAAAAAGGUAAAAGAGUACUCAGAGGAGGAGAUAAGGCAUAUGCUAGCAAAGUUAGAGGAGAAAAAGAAGAAAUUAAAAUAAGAAGAUUCUUGAAUAUUAAAAUUAUUAAUUAAAUAAUUAUGCAAUAAAAUUACCACAUUCAUGGUCGAAAGAGCCCUAAAUAGAUUGUAGGACUAGAGUAAAAAAUCAACCAAUAUUUUUCUAAUAAAAUCCAAGAAAGAUAAAUCAUUGCUGAUAUAAUAUCUCGACCCUAAUUAGAGGAGAUAAUUCCAUGUAGUAUAAAAAUGAAUAUCAGAUAGUGAAAUCUUGAAUUAGAAAAGAAUGAAAUACUCUAAUGUUUAAAAUUAAUUACAUAAUAAAUAAGUAAACAAAACUUAGAAGUCAGAAAAAAAAGAAAUCAAAUAUCAUACAUCUAGAUCAAGCAAUUCAAAUUUACAUAAUAGAGACAAUAAAUCUUAAAAGUCUAACAAAUAGUUUGGGAGUUGUUGCUCAUGUUAUUGUUGGGGUUGCAGCAGAAAAAAUUCUACAAGGAUUAAAAAACCUAGAACACCAUAAAUUAAGGGUGAACAUUAUUAUGUUAAUUAGAAUAAUAAAACAAAUGAAUCAAAUUAAGUCAUAAGUAUAAAUAAAUUCUUAUUUAGAAGAAUAUUCUAUAGUGAAUUCUCAAUCUAAAUGUGUUAAAAUAAAUAUGAAACCACAUUCUACUGAAUAGAGAAAAUAAAAUAAAAUACAUAAUUGUUGUAAAAUUAAUCAUUUGGCAAAUCCAAAACCCUCAUAAGCUAUAUCAUAAUAUUCUGAAUCUGCAAAACAAUAUUCAUAAAAAGAGUAUCUUUAAAUUUAAUAGCAAAUACAAAAUGUUUGUAGUUUCAAGAAAUGUCAACCAUCAAAAAGAGAAUAAAAGCCAAAAGUAGCAUGGAGAGUUGAUAUGUAAAAAGUAUUUAUGUUUAUAAUCAAUGAAAGAUUGAAGAAGGUAAAAUUAGAAAAAUGAGAGUAGAUAAAUUGACUUAAAUGUAUAAAGAACUAGCAAAUAAAUAUAUAAUGAAACAUAGAAGUAGUUCUAAUUAAAAUAAAAUUUAAUAUUAAUAAGAGUAAAAUAAAAUUAAUUAAAAAAAUAUUGAAUUAGAUAAAUAAAUAACAAAAAUAGAAUAAAAAGAAAAAAAUAUGAAAAAAUAUAAAUAAGCUAUAGAAUUAUUUAAAAAGAAAAAAUAAUAAAUAAAUAUUACUAAAAACAAUUACAAUAAUGUAUAGAAUUAAGAUGAAGAUAUUUAAAUUGAAAAUAAAGUAUAAUGCUAAAUAAAGAAAUAUGAGUCUAAACCAAUAGAAUAAACUUUCUAAAAUUAUUAAUCAUAUUAAUUAGUUGACUUAAAAUGA